AAAUGAAAAUGACACGAAAAUAUUUUUGUAUUUAACAGUAGCAUCUUCCCCAGCAGAGAACUUCAACUUCCCCUGCAGAGCCCACUGUUUUUUUAGUUAAGCAAGAACAGUUGGAAUCCGGAAUUCCACCAAAAUCAAUCACCUCAACUCUAAUGCGUCACUUUCCCCUCCAAAUUCUUGAUCGUCAUUGAUUCAAAGAAAUCCUGAAGAAAGAAACGGCCAUGCAAAAAAAUCAAGCUCUGAUGACCGUCACACCAUUCGAUUCCCUCGCAGAAGAGAUCGUUUUUCAAAUCCUCGACUUGCUUGAACCCGGCCCACAAGACAAGAAAUCCUUCUCCGUAGUCUGCAAAUCGUGCCAUUCCAUUGAAGCCCGCCACAGGAAAACCCUGAAACCUCUCCACGCCGACUUCAUUCCGGGCCCCGUCCAGAGGUACACUCGCGUCCAUCACGUUGACUUCACUAACUGUCCAAGAAUUGACGAUAAAAUACUCACAACUGUAGCCAAUGCCUAUUCGGAGACCUUGAGAUCUGUUGAUCUUUCGAAAUCAAGAUUCUUUACGCAAGUGGGUUUAUUGAGUUUGGCAGCAAAAUGCGCGGGUUUGGUGGAGUUGAAUUUGAGUAAUGCUACUGAGUUGAAAGACACGGGGGCUGCUGCCAUAGCUGAAGCUAAGAACUUGGAGAAAUUGUGGAUGAGUAGGUGUAAAUUGGUGUCGGAUAUUGGGAUUGGGUGUAUAGCUGUGGGGUGCAAGAAGCUGAAGCUGAUAUGCCUGAGAUGGUGUGUUAGAGUUACUGAUUUAGGUGUGGGUUUGAUCGCCAAUAAGUGCCGGGAGCUUCGUUCUCUGGAUCUCUCUUAUUUGCCGAUAACUGACGACUGCCUAUCGACUAUUCUGCAACUGCAAAACCUGAAAGAGUUGGCUCUCGUUGGAUGUCAUGGUAUCGAUGAUGAGAGCCUUACGAAUCUGAAACAAGGUUGUAAGUCCUUGGAGGUGCUUGAUAUUUCCAACUGUGACAAUAUUACCUAUAAUGGCUUGGGUUCUCUAACCAACAGCAGUGGAUCCCUCCGCCAGCUUAAUUUAGCAUAUUGCUUUUCUGUCACAUUUGAUCUGGAAAAAUGCUUUUACAAAUUAUCGGCUUUGCAAUUUGUUAAGUUGGAUGGUUGCCGUGUCUCAUGUGCUGCAAUGAAAGCCAUUGCGGACUGUUGUGAAUCUUUAAAAGAGUUGAGCUUAUGUAAGUGCAAUGGGGUGACAGAUGAGGGUCUCUCCUACAUUGCACAAAAACAGAGGCAAUUAAGGAAGUUGGAUAUGACAUGCUGUCAGGAGAUAACUGAUGCCGCCAUAGCAAGCAUAACAACUUCAUGUAACUAUAUCACUUCCUUUAGAAUGGAGGCCUGUGUCAUGGUCCAAAAUGAGGGUUUUGUUUUGAUUGGACAGCAUUGCCAAUCUCUGGAGGACAUUGAUAUCACGGAGAAUGUUAUCAAUGAUGAAGGAUUGGAGGCAAUCUCAAGAUGUUCCAAACUUUUGAGUUUAAAGAUGGGAUUGAGUAUGUACGGCACGGAUCAUGGACUAUCUCAUGUGGGGAGGCGUUGCCAAAAUCUUGUUGAGCUUGACUUGUACAGGUGCAUGUGGAUAACUGAUGUCGGGAUUGCAGCAAUCGCUAAUGGUUGCCCGUUGUUGGAGAGAAUUAACAUGGCUUACUGUGAUAAGAUCACAGAUAGUUCUUUAACAUCCUUAGCGAAAUGUCUGCAAUUGGAAGCACUUGAAAUUCGAGGUUGUCCUUCUGUCUCUUCAGUGGGAUUAUCAGCCAUUGCUAUGGGAUGUAAGCAUCUUACCAUCUUAGAUAUUAAGAAAUGCGAUAUUAAUGAUGCUGGAUUGAUUCAUCUUGCACAAUACUCUCAAUAUCUCAAACAGAUAAACAUAUCGUAUUGUCCAGUUACAGACGAUGGACUUAAGGCAUUGGCUAGCAUCAGCUGUCUGCAGAAUUUGACUAUCUUGCAUGUAAUUCGAUUGACUCCAGAUGGCCUUAUAGCUGCUCUUUUAGCAUGUCAAGGGCUUAUGAAAUUGAAGCUUCACACUCACUAUAAAUCAUUGAUCCCUGAGGCUAUCCUGGGUGCCAUUGAAGAACGUGGUUGUGCUAUUCACUGGAGGAACAAGCCAUACUGGGUAAAUACAAUUCCCUUUCACUUAUAAAAUUCAUUGAUAUCACCCUCGUGUUAUGCCAUAAUGUUUCUAUCUAUUUCACGAUCAAUCACCUUUCGACUUCUUUUAAGUCCCGUUUGGUCUCUUGAGAAAAUCAAACACAAGAUGCACAAGUUUUAGAAGAGAGAAUUCAUGUCAUUACAAUGAACGGCCCUCUGUAAAUUAUUGUGAGAUUAUGAAUGCUGCUCCUAGCCCGUAGCAGUAUGCCAAGGUGUAAUGUCAAUAAGCAUCUAUGCUCCAAAAAUGCCUGGGGUUGUUCUGGCAUUUCAAACAAGUGUCAUUAAGCAGUCGGCAUCCUUUUAAAGUAUAUUCUAUAUGUUCCUUUCAAUUAACAAGUCACCCUCUGCAGGCAGUUUCGUCGUUAACUUUUCAAUAUCAACAAGAACUUCGUGCCAAAUUCGUCUAAAUUUUUAAGAAUCGGUAUUGAUGCGUUGGUAAAGCUAU